UUUCAUAAUGUGAAGCCGAUCAAGACAAACAUUUAUUUCAACAUGGCGCCUACCGCAAGUUGGCAUGUUUUCUUCAUUUUGCAUGUAUUUAUUUUUUUUUUUUUGUAUUGUACUGUUAUAUCAAACGAAACAGAUGAAGGUGCUGAUAGCGAACCUGCUGGUUACAUGAGAAGGGAAUUUUCCGUGAUAAAACCCUUCGUUGGAGGUAGCUCAAUGCAAUUUUGGGAGAUUAUUGGCCACACCCUUGUAUCGGAUGACCAUAUACGUUUGACCGCUGACGAACAAAGUAGAUCUGGUGCAAUAUGGAAUAUUAUGCCCUGCUUCACAAGAGAUUGGGAAAUCCAUUUACAUUUUAAAGUACAUGGUCAUAGUGCUAGAUUGUUUGGUGAUGGCUUUGGAUUUUGGUAUACGAAAGAUAGGAGUGAGCAAGGUCCAGUUUUUGGUGGUAAGGAUUACUUCACUGGACUUGCUUUGUUUUUUGAUACAUACGCGAACCAGAAUGGAGAACAUGCUCAUGAGCAUCCCUAUAUCUCAGCACAAAUCAACAAUGGGACAACACAUUACGAUCACGACCGAGAUGGUACACACAGUGAACUUGCUGGUUGCACAUCACAUUUCCGUGGCACUGAUGCUGAGACUCAUGUGGCGAUAAGAUAUUUGGGUACAAAAAAACGACUUACGAUUCAGUACGAUAUAGAAGAUGAGAAUAAAUGGGUGGAGUGUCUCGAUAAAUAUGGAGUUGAACUGCCCACCGGUUAUUAUUUCGGUUUGUCCGCCCAAACCGGUGACCUGUCUGACAACCAUGAUAUAAUUUCUAUGAAGUUUUACGAAUUGGACGCCGAGGAGGAGGGUGGCGAUGGGGAAGAUUACUCUAAAAUCGUUCCACGAGCACAAGACGCCGAAGGGGAAAGAGAACAUACGGAAGAUUUACCAACCACCACGCGUAAACAAAGAGCUUUCAAUUGGUUUAUGGUCAUUUUAAUCAUCAUUGCUAUUGGUGGAUUGAUAGGCUUCUUUUAUUAUCAAAAACAUCAAAAGGAUUCCAUGAAGAGGUUCUAUUAGCUGGCUAAAGUAUAGUUUUAGAAAUUUUUGCGAGGGAGUGUUAGUUCUCCUUCGUAGAGCUGUGCAAUGAUGAAAUUAUUUAUUAGACCGUUUGUAUAUUUUUGAAAUUCAAUUCAGAUAAUCUCGUGGUUGGGAUUUAGGUACAAGACGGAUAAACUUGUCAUUUCACUUUUACAAUUUGUAGUACGCAAUGAUUUUUUUUUGUAAAAAAAAUUUUAAUGGAGGCCAGGUUUCAUUUUCCUAGCCUUAAAAUACGGGCAAGAAAAAAUCAAGGUAAUUUUAAUGUUAUAACUAAAUCGAUUAAACCUAAGGAUUUUUUAGUAUAUUUCGAAAAUAUUGCAAUAAGCAAUGAAACUCUUUUUUAUCUGUUUCUCUAGGCUUCGAUUACCUUUUGUGUAUCCCUGUUGUUUUAUGCUGACUCAGCAUUUUUCACCUAAUUUUCACAUUUGGUCACAUUCAUUUUUAUUCCUUAAAAAGAAGUUAAAUCGAUUUGUGAAUAUAUAUUCAAUAUUUUGGAUUUAAAUAUUUCAAAGGCUGGUUGUCAAUCUGAUUUCUUGGUGUAGGAAUUUCUGGGAGUUUUUUUCAAAAAUAAAAUAAAAAACUGUUUGGUAAAGUUUUCCAAAAAACAAUAAGUUUUUUUAUUUGUGACAAUUUUACUUGAGUUACUAAUAUUUUUACACAAAACCAAGUGAACCAGAAUAAAAAUUACAGAAAAUUAAUCACAAAAUACAUUAUUUCGUGUUGAAAAAUUUCAUUUUGAAUUUUAACUUUCAACCCUCUGUCUAAGAACUUUCAUUGCAACCUGUACAAGGUGUGCGUUACCUUAUUUUUACGGCGGCCCUGCUUUUGGUAAUGCCAUUUAGGGCUGUCAAGAGGUGGAAAUCCAGAUCUCGUUCAACUUAUUUGUAAAAUCAUCUAUAGUGAAGCUGUGACAUUUUAGUAGGUCUGGAACAAUGCUUGAAGUAAAACUUUUUCUUCUGUACUUUUCAACAAAUUAACCUUUGUUUUUUAACCUUUGUUUUGCUUUUGCUUUUCACUCCAGUAGUUUUGCAAACGUUAAAAACUCUAAAACACGUUGAAGGCUUGUUGUACGGCAGUUUUAUUGUAGUUUGGAGACUAACUUGUAGUUUUUAAUCCGCAAUGUAUUUAUAUAUAUAUAUAUAUAUAUAUAUAUAUAUAUAUAUAUAUAUAUAUAUAUAUAUAUAUAUAUAUAUAUAUAUAUAUAUAUAUAUAUAUAUAUAUAUAUAUAUACCAUCAUGCAACGAGAGAACGUUGGUACGCACUUUUAUAUAAAGGUUUUGUGCAUUCACAAAGUUAAAUAUUUUGAUGUAAACUUCAUAAGCUUUAAAAAAUUUUAUGAUGUGAAAAA